UCAACGGAGCAUUUUCCCAUCGUGGAAUGAUAGGAAUUCCUUUUUCCGCCGGGAGAGGGCAGGGAGUGAAAAAACGCCUCCGCAAAUCCACAGAGCUGCUGCAACGUCUUAGAGGGGCUCCUGCCAGAGACCAUAGAGUUGAGGGGGAGGAGCGGGGAGGGGGAGGGGGCAGACACCCCCCCCCCCAAUGCCGGACUUCCGGCCUGGGUUAUUCAACGGGGCAUUUCCCCCCCGGUGGUUUCGGAGGCUCGUCGGGCUCCCUCGUGCUCCGGAGCGGGGAAGCAGCAGCGGUGCAAAAAAAGGGAGAGAAGUUCCCUGAGGAUGGGCUCCAGCAUGAAUCCUUAAAACUCGGAAGACUAAGCUGCUUAUUGCGGAGACUGACCCAGAUUGGAUCCUGCAAACAUAACCGGGACAGGGCAGUUACGAACUGAAUCUUCUCAAAGCUGCAAGUUUAAGCCUAUAAACAGAGCCAAGGUGUAAGCAGGAGUGAGAAUAAAGACACCAUGAUGCUGGGACAAGAGCAGGAUCCUGGAGGAGAGAGCCAGCCCUUUGUAACAUCGGUGUUCUUCUCCAGGAGCACAACUACUCAGCAGGAAGUGAAGGUGGAAAAUCCAGAAGACUUGGGCGAACUCUGGGAGACUCAGUGGCAGGAGUUCCUGAAUACAGUGGAAGUCCCCCAGAUCCUUCCGGAGCCUUCCCCGUGGGAGGACGCUCACAUCUUCCUAACCUCCUUCGAGCAAGUCGCCAGAGCUUUCCAGUGGCCCAAGGAAGAAUGGGCAGCCCGUCUCCGGCCCAUCUUGGGAGGAGAUGCUGAGCAAGCCUAUAGCAGCCUGGAGGCGGGAGAGAGAGAGGAUUAUGGGAAAAUGAAGGCGGCCAUCUUGCAGGCCGACGCGGCGAGCCGGGAGAAGCAACGGCAGCACUUCCGACGUUUCUGCUACCAAGAGGCUGAAGGGCCGAGGCAGGUAUACGACCAGCUGCAGAGUCUUUGCCGUCAGUGGCUGAAAGUAGAGAGACAUUCAAAGGAACAGAUUCUGGAAAUGCUGAUUCUGGAGCAGUUUCUGGCAAUCCUUCCUCCGGAGAUGCAGAGCUGGGUCAAGAGACAUAAUGCAGAGAACAGCGCUCAAGUCAUAUCCCUGGCCGAGGAUUUCUUGCUCAGGCAGUGGGUGCCGGGGAUAACAGAACAAGAGGGGGGACAGGAGCUUGGUCCUAGGUCUGAAAAUACGCAGCUCCCGGAGAGAGUGCCCUCCGAUGCCGGGCAGAAAGUACAAUUUGCCAGGGAACUGAAGAUCGAAGAAGAUGCUGAUGCAGAUCUUCGGAAGCUGUGUGAGAGUGAAAAUCACCCGCAGGGAAGGACAAAGCAGACUGAGCAAAACGGGGCACCUCCAGAGAGAGCGAAUAGCGUUGCUCUACCGUGUUACGACCCAGAAGAGACCCUUGGGGGACAGGAGGGAGUCUAUCGCAUGGAGGGGAGUCCGUUCAUCAUCAAUUACGAGCAGGACGGCAGAAAAGCAGAAAUCAUUGUCUUCUGUUCAGACACGCAGAAGGAGAAAAGAAGAAAGCAGUGUUUGGUGUGCGGGAAAAGCUUCACGCGAACCUCAGCCCUUAACCGGCACGAAAGGAUCCACACGGGGGAAAAAUCAUACAGAUGUUUCCAGUGCGACAAAAGUUUCUACGAUAAGACAGCCCUGAAAAGACAUGAAAGAACCCACAAUACCGAUCGCGGGUAUCCUAAUGUCUCUCACGCCCAGCUGGGCGAGAAUUUACCUCACCUUCCUCCCUCAGACAAAAUUGCACAGAACUUUUGCAUCGAGUGUGGGAAACAAUUUGAGAGCGAACUGGACCUAAAUGUACAUAAAAGAAUUCACCAGGAGCCGAAUCCCAGCGGCAGGACAGGGAGUGGAGAGACAUCUGGGAAAACUCUGGAGCCAGGGAAACUUGCCCCACAGAAAUCCUACAAGUGUCUGGUGUGCGAGAAAAGCUUUGUUUGGGGCUCAUCGUAUCACAGGCACAAAAAGAUCCAUUUGAAGAACAAAUCUACCCCACUUCCGUAUGAAAGGAAAAUCUUCAAGCAAGGGUCCCAUAUCAUGAAAUUUCAGUCUUUCCCCGUCGGAAAGAAACACUAUAAAUGCCCCGAGUGUGAGAAGAGUUUCCCGGCACUCAAAUCCUUGGAAAAACAUAAAAAACUCCACCAGAGAGCAAAACUAAAAAGCUCUUCGCAACCGGCAGCUGACACAAAAGACAAAACCUGUUCGGAUUGCGGGAAGUUUUUUGAUCGGCUGUCCCACCUAAAAAGGCACCGAAGGGUCCAUACAGGCGAGAAACCUUACAAGUGCCCGAAAUGCGAGGAGAGUUUCAUGUGGCAGGCGGCUUUCGAAAGACACCUGAAGGUCCAUAAGAAAGAGAAGCCGACACCUCCUGUGCCAGCGGUGUCUGUUUCGCAGGAGAAACCUAAUCAGUGUUCGGCAUGCGGGAAGACGUUCAGACAGCACUCGGACCUCAUGCAACAUGCGCGGGUCCACACUGGUGAGAAGCCCCACAGAUGUACGGAAUGCGGGGAGUCUUUCAUGUGGCCUAUGUCUCUCAAAACGCAUCAGAAAAAGGUUCACAGGGGGAAGCGAUUGGUCCCCCUCCUCCAAAAAUUACCCCUGGGGCAAGGGAGAUUCUACAAAUGUUUUGAGUGCGGUAAAAGUUUCGACCGUUCCUCCAGUCUAAUAAACCAUCGGCGGACCCACACCAGAGAAAAAACAUAUCCGUGCACCAGCUGUGAGAAGACUUUCAUGUGGCCUCGCUCUCUUCUGAGACACCAAAAGAUCCAUGACACCAGGAAAGCAGGAAGCUCUUUGCCCCUAAAUUCCACUCCAGAGGAGAAAUCCUACGUUUGUUCCGAUUGUGGGAAACACUUUGUCUAUUCGUAUCUCUUGAGUCGGCAUCGACGCAUCCACACCGGAGAGAAACCGUACAAAUGUGCGAAAUGCGGCGAGAGCUUCAGGUGGGCUUCCUCGUUUAGCCUGCACCAAAAGAAGGUCCACCCGGAGACGAAGAUUGCUCAUCUCCUCCCAAGACAGGCAGACAGGAAGAAAAAACCUUACAGGUGUUUGGAGUGUGGAAAAGAAUUCAGGAAACCAUCCCACCUCUCAAGCCAUCAGAACACUCACACCGGGGAGAGGAAGCACAAGUGCACCAUCUGUGGGAAAGGUUUCUUCUGGCAGACCUCGCUGUCGCUGCAUCACAAGCUUUUACAUAAAACCAAGGAAAAGAAACCAGUCCCCGCUUUGCGACCUGUGUCUCAGGGACAAGACAAUUCCAAACCCCCGCAGGUCCCCGCCGAAGGGAAAGCUUUCAAAUGUUCCAAGUGCAAAGAGAGUUUCAUGGGGCUUUCAGCACUUCUGCGACAUAGAAAGAUCCACGAGAGAGAAAAACUCGGGCUUUUUUUCCAAACGAGACCUGUCACCCCGGAGAAAUCGUAUCCCUGUACUGAGUGUGGGAAAAAAUUUAAUUGGCCAUCCCGCCUCUUAAGACAUCAGCGCAUCCAUUCACAGGAGAGGCCAUAUCGGUGCCCUGAUUGCGGAGAGAGUUUUAGAUGGGAUUCGGCUCUUAAAGCACAUCAGGCGAAGAUCCAUAACCAGAAGCCGGCGGUCUCUUUCCUGCCUGAAGACGACGCGGACAAAGAGAAAAAUCACCUUUAUGCCGAGUGUGGAGAAACCUUCUCCUCUGCAUCAUCUCUCGUAAAGCAUCAGAGUAUCCACGCAGGAGAAGAACUGGAUAAACCCAGCCAUGGCGAAGAGAAUUCCCCAUGGAAUUCAGCCCUCCAAGAACACCCGAAGGCUUGUAAGGAAGAAAAACCAGACUUCCCGCUUCAAAAGCUACCCAGUAGAGGUGGAAGCACCUACCCUUGUCUCCAGUGCGGGAAACAGUUCUCCAAAUCGAAGCUGCUGCAGAGACACAAACGAAUCCACCUCAGGGACAGGCGUUACACCUGCACCAAGUGCGGGAAGCAUUUCACGCAGGGUGCAAGCUUGAGAAGACACUGGUUCGCUCACCAAGGAGAAAAGUCGUUCCACUGCUCGCACUGCGAGAAAAGCUUCGUAUACAAAGACAGUCUCAAGAGGCACGAGAAGUCCCACGCGGGGCUGGCAGAGUUCACCGUGCAAGUGCUGGACAAAGAAUUCCUAGCCACCCCGGAAUCGGCCCAAUGCCUCGCGUCGGAGCCCGGCGUGUGUGACGGUCCCCUAGAACUCCAAGAGGAGAAACUCGUCCCAUCCUUGAAUGCUCCGGAAGUGUUGGCGACAUGAUCUCAAAAGGGGGCCAAUUGAUCACAGAAGCCGACGUCGAGAAAUUGUGCUGCAGAUUUUGGCAGCAAACCUGAGGAAAUAUCGCCAACCCUGUCAAGUUUUAACGGAAGGAAACCUUCCAGAAUCUUCUCUGAGCUGUAACAUAAUGAAAGCCAUGGUCCCACCAAAGGGGGCAGAAUAUCAGCAAACCCAAAUGGAGUUUUGCCUGUCUGGGGCCAUGUUGGUUUUGUGCUCCCCAGCCCCUUGAUUAUAGUUCAAAAAUUCCAACAUGGAUGCCCAUCCGACAUCCGACUUUUGUUAUUGAACACAACAUCGUAUCAGUUGUUCUCUUGUAUAUUGGUAGAUGCAGAUAGUUGAUUUGAGUUGGGUGGGGCAAGAGGGAACAGACUCAGGGUUUUAAGUAUAUGUGAAAAACAAGGAAAUACGUGUGUGCCAUGUCACUGAAAAUACUCCGUUAUCGAUUCUUGUGUCAAUGUCCUCAGAGGUGUCAGUAAUACAAUGGUUGGGAAUUCUUUUGCAUCGUUCGACUUUUAUUGUCAUGAUCGCAAUCUGUUAUUUGUUCAAUUUUAUGGAAAGAGUCUACUAAUAAACGCAACAUGCAGAAUGAA